GUCUACAGAUAGUUGGACACGCGGAUUUGUAUGUUGUAAAUGUAAGUGUGUUCUACUGUUAGACGUAGAAUUAAAUUUGCUUAUUUAAGUAUCUAAAUUCAAAAACAUAUUUUGUAAUGGAGAAAACUCCAGAAGGACAAAUAGCUCCAGAUUCAUGGGAGCAAGAUAUAGUGGAAAAUGACAGAGGUGGCAGUGACGAUGGUUUAGAGACAUCUCUGUCAAGCCUGAACGUGGAUGCUCCGCCAUUUGUGCCAUCUUUCGCAAUUCUCGCUGCGGCAAAAGCUCAACUGGAAGAAGGUGACGAGGGCCAGCUGGCUCCGGAUCCUCCACCAGAGAAGGGUAAUGGAGAAUCACCUGAAGAAAACACAGAUGAAAUUAGUGGAGCAGACGAGGCUCCAGUAGAUUGGGAAGAUGUAGAUGAGACAAAUAACAUUGAAGCAGUAGAUGAUGAUGAAACUUUGGAACCUCAGUCCACCCCAAAGCCAAAGAAAAAGAAACCUAAAGAUGAAGAACAGAGAAUAAGGAAAGAACAUGUUAAUAUUGUAUUUAUUGGUCAUGUAGAUGCUGGCAAGUCAACCAUAGGUGGGCAGCUUCUUUAUUUGACUGGUAUGGUUGAUAAGCGAACCCUUGAGAAGUAUGAAAGAGAAGCCAAGGAGAAAAACCGAGAAUCUUGGUAUUUAUCGUGGGCUUUAGAUACCAACCAGGAGGAAAGAGACAAAGGAAAAACAGUUGAAGUUGGACGUGCUUACUUUGAAACAGAGCACAAACGUUUUACCCUUCUUGAUGCUCCUGGGCAUCGAAGUUUUGUUCCUAACAUGAUUGGUGGGGCCUGUCAAGCUGACUUAGCUGUAUUGGUAAUUUCUGCAAGAAAAGGAGAAUUUGAAACAGGGUUUGAAAGGGGAGGCCAAACCAGAGAACAUGCCAUGUUAGCAAAAACAGCUGGAGUAAAACAUUUAGUAAUCUUGGUGAAUAAAAUGGAUGAUCCAACUGUUGAAUGGUCUGAAGAUAGAUUCAACGAAUGUAAAGAGAAAUUGGUUCCUUACCUCAAGAAAUGUGGCUUUAACCCAAAAACAGAUAUUUACUUCAUUCCUUGCUCAGGGCUUACUGGAGCUUUUCUUAAAGAUACCCUAGACGAGAAACUUUGUCCAUGGUACAGAGGCCCUUCUUUACUACAGUACAUUGAAAGUCUUCCACCAUUAAACCGACCAGUGGAAGGACCAUUCAUAAUGCCUGUUGUAGAUAAAUACAAGGAUAUGGGCACAGUGGUCCUAGGUAAAAUUGAGUCAGGAGCAGUCAAGAGGGGCCAACAGCUUAUCCUAAUGCCAAUCAGGAAACAGGUAGAAGUGUUAACUUUAUGGACUGAUGAAGAUGAAGUUAAUAUGGUUGCAUCUGGUGAUAGUAUCAAGAUAAAGUUAAAAGGAGUAGAAGAAGAGGAAGUGCAGUCAGGCUUCGUCCUAUGUGAUGCAGACAAUCCAUGUACAGUGGGGAAAAUAUUUGAUGCUCAGGUGGUGAUCCUAGAACACAAGUCUAUUAUAUGUCCAGGCUAUACAGCUGUUCUACAUCUGCAUGCAUCUGUUGAGGAGGUUUCAGUCAAAGCCUUAAUCUGCCUAAUUGAUAAGAAAUCUGGAGAAAGAAGCAAAACGCGACCCCGAUUUGUAAAGCAGGAUCAAGUGGCCAUCAUGAGAUUUGAAUGUUUAGCUCUGACUUGUAUGGAAUCUUUUAAAAAAUUCCCACAAAUGGGACGGUUUACGCUACGAGAUGAAGGCCGUACCAUCGCCAUAGGAAAAAUUUUAAGAGUAGUAGAGUAAAGAUUUAAAAGAAACUCCAUGUAAAAAUUAUCUGAACCAGCAUGGAAUACCAAGGAGGUAUGCUGCAUCCCACGUAUCUAAGAUCUGGAGUUUGUUGACUGCUUAGCCAUUCAUGUAUCAGGAUUCUUUCAACCACAAACUCGUUGAGCAUGGGAUAAACUACUGAUAAAAGUAUCAGCACACACACACAUAUAUAUAUAAUAUAUAUAUAUAUAUAUAUAGUUUUAUCUUCCAAGCAAAUGAAGAGGAACACAUCUAUACUGAUUGCCUUUUGUUAGCUUUUUCCAAAAAGAAAAUAUUGUCUAUUUAUGAGAUGGCUGCAGACUGUACUUGUAUUCAAGAAAAGUUCUACACAGAGAAACUUUUGUAUUAUAAUAAACUAUCCUGGUUGCUGGAAAGUUCCCAAACACCUUCAUUUAGUGAGAACAGAGAACCCUAAAACUAGUGAAACAAGCUUUAUUUGGAUGACAAUUUCAAAAUCUACAUAUGUGGAAGGAGUAACUUCAAAUACCUCUAUAGAGGUUAAAAUUGGUUGCCUUGUUACAUUAAUAAAAGGGGUACUUGUUAACAGA